GUAAGCGUGUGUCUUAUCGCUAAAGCUGGGUUUUUAUUAUAAAUAAAUAAUAACUUUCGAUUGUGGGGAAUUUUUUGCAUUUGAUCGAAUUAUUCGCCAAGUACAAGGCAGUCGCUCAGCAGAAACGUGGACGUGCGGUGUAAUUCGUAGUAAAAGAAAUUAAAGUUGUACUAAAGUAAUUUUGAACACAGCAAAUAAACAAUUAAAAUAUUAAGCAAUGAAUUCUUUAAAAAUAAAUAAUAAUAAAUACUGAACAAGUGUGCAUUGAAUGUAAGUGAGAAGUGCGAGCAUUUUAGCAAAGCGAAUUGGCAGAAUUUCAACGUAAUCUAAUUUCUUUACAACUGUAACUAAAACUACAAUAAAUAAGCGCCGCCAACAACAAAAUGCAUUUACACCAGGCCCCAUCAACAUUGGCACUAUUUUUACUACUACUCUUGACCCAUUCCGCCCGCAAAGGUGUGUUCGCCAGCGUAAAUGAGAAGCACAUUCAGGCGAUCACCAGUUACAUGGAUCCUCUCGUUAAUCCAUGCGACGACUAUUACCGCUACGCCUGCGGCAACUGGGCUAACGUACACUCGAACGAACAGUACUACGAAGUCACCAGCCUGAUGGAUCACAAGGUCAAUAAGCGUUUAAUCAACUAUUUUCAAAACUAUCAGCUGGAAGGCAGCGCUGAAGCUGGCAACGAAACCUACACGGAUAAACUUUUUCUCUACUAUCAAACAUGCAGGCGCACAAAAAGUUUUCAAUUAAAGCGUUACUUGCAGUUUGUGCGUCCCAGCGUCUACUUGGACUGGCAGCUGAUGCUCGAGGUGCGCAACCCCAAUGCCACUUGGCCAGCCGAACGCUUCAACUGGCAGUUCACGUUGGCUAAGUUGCGCCGCUAUCACUUCAAGGGCGCCUUCUUCGAACACAUACUGGUGGAGGACGAUAGCGACUCGACGCGAUACGUAAUCGAUUUGGACAAACCCACGGACAAGCUGCCUGAUGCGAUAGUGAUCGCAGCGCUGCUUAUACAGUUGGGGGUGAAGAAAAUGCGUGCUAUUGAGGUAGCAAAGCAACUGCAUACUUUUGAGAACGAACUCAAGGUGCUGCGUCGUAUUGAGGAUACAUUCGGACCGCAGCCCAUCUCCUUGUAUAAAUUGCAGGAAAUGAUGCCAGAUAUGCCAUGGCAAUUAUAUCUGCAAUUAGUACUGAGCUAUACUCUUAAAGAGGACUAUGAGGUGCAGAUAAACAAUCGUGAUUACUUUGUCGCACUCAUCAAUUUUCUACGACAUACAAAGCCUAGCUUGAUUGAUAAUUAUAUAAUGGUGAAAUUUGCACUUUUUCUGAUGAAGAAUAGUGCCGGCGGCUUCACCAAGAUGGAUUGUAUGUGGGAUGUGCGCAAAAAGAUGGAUAUGGCCGUUAAUUUCCUCUACAAGCAACAAUUUUAUGGCGGCUCAGACGCCGAGUACAUCGCCGAUAUUGAGCGCAUAUUUAAUCUGACAAGGCAAGAAUUCAGCGCAAGAUUGAAUAAUAAUAGAAUGAAACUGCUGCCAAACCAGCUUGAUUUCCUUAAACGCAAAUUAUCCGCCAUGCGCUUCAACAUCGGUAAUCUGCCGGCAAACGUGAAUGAGCGUUUCAUCGAUGAUUACUACGGCGAAGUACACAUCAACACCAAUGACUACUACAAAAACCAUUUGCUCUUGCUGAAACUGCGCUCACGCAAAGAGCACGAUCAGCUAACAGCGCCGACGCCAUCUCCCAGCGACUACCAUUACAUUAGCGAUGGUGACAGUUGCACACCAUUCUAUUUGUUUCGUAAAAAUUUGGUGGUCAUACCUUACGCCUUUCUACAGCCGCCUGCAUAUCAUAUCAAGAUGCAUGACAUACUCAAAAUGGGCAUAUUCGGCUUUGUGCUCACUCACGAGAUUAUGCAUGGCUUCGAGUCUAGCGGUGUGCUCUACGAUUUUUCGGGAAUGUCAGAUUGGCUCGGUAGCUCUAUCCUCUCAGAGGAGGAAUUUAAUAUUUCACUUACUUGCUGGCAGUAUCCUCAAACGGAUAGUAUCGAUGAGCGUAUAGCAGAUUUUUUGGGAAUUCGUGUCGCCUACGACACGCUCUUUCAUCCGAACUCUAGCAUGAAUGCGCGUCAGCCGAGCUUCACAGAUAUAACACCGAGACGUUUGUUCUUCUUAACUGUCGCCCAAUUUUUCUGUGGCAAUUUGCUUGCGACUUUCACCGACCACGAUGCGGACGAUGUACGCUUACAGCAGACACUCAAGCAAUUCGAGGCCUUCACUUUGGAGUAUGAGUGCCAGCCAGGCGAUGCCAUGUUUGAGAAGAGUAGAUGUGAGCUGUAUUAGGGCGUGAAGCGGCGAACACGACGAAAGAACUAUUCAAUCACUAGAUUUAUUAUUUUUGUGGCAAUACAAGCCAAUUGAUUCCUUAAAACCUAGCAUUUAGUCUUGUAUUAGAAGUUAAGUUAUUUAUCCUUGAAUAAUUUUUUACAAUAAACUAGUUUCUGCUAAAUA